AUGCCGCUUUUUCGUGAGGAGAACUUCCUUAUAAUCCAUACGGGGUCAAGACAUACUCUUUUCUCCUUUGGAUUACAAGACACCUUAUCGCCACCCCAAUAUAAGAUCCCCUCAGUUGUGUUCUUCGACAAAACAGCCAAUGUCUACCAUGCCUCGAAAACUGGAAAUUGCGAAGAGAUCUGGCCAGUGCGUGGUUCUAGAGUCGUCGACGUUAAGGCAUAUCAAGCUCUUUUGAAAUUUAUACUACAGACAAUUAUUUCCAGAUAUCCUAUUCUAACGAUCAACCAGGUCCCAUUGUUGUUGAUAGUACCAUCCAUAUCCUACUCACGUUCGGCUAUUGAACAAAUUACAAGAUACGUGUUUGAGACAUUAGAAUUCACUGCCUUCAAUGUCUUGGACUUGUCAAUCGCUUCCACUUUCGGACUUGCUACCAUGUCAUCUGCAUUGGUUGUCAAUGUCGGCCACGAAAGCUCCCAGGUUAUGCCGGUCAUUGGUGGUACCACCAUCAAGCAUGCUGGUAAGCGCGUAAACUUCGGUGGAAAAUAUAUUACAGAUGAAUUGAGAAAGUUAUUGCCUCAGUUCUCUGAGGCUCAGAUCACAGCUUUGAAGAUUUCUGAUAUCUACGAAGUCUUAACUGACCAAACAGAAUCUUUCUACUCCAUCGCUGACCUCAAGGAAGAAAAACCAAACCAGGGUGAAAACUUUGAUGUUGCUAAGUUAGUGACGGAAGAGAACCAGAACGGUGUAGGUGUGUCUGAUGAGAAAGCCGAUGGCGAGGAAGAGAGUGAGGAGGAGAAGAAACCAAAUAAUGAAUUGGAGAAAAAUUGGUUCAAGGAUCCAAUCUCUGGAAACAAGGUCUAUGUUGGAAAGGAACGUUUCCAAGGAACCGACAAGCUCGUGGAAGCUAUCUGCGAUGGUAUUUACGAGUCGUUACAAGCUAUUCCAGACUUGGACAAAAGACAGGAAUGUUACGACAACAUUAUCCUUACUGGUUCGACAUUCCACAUCAAGGGCUUGAAGGAGGCUGUCAUUAUUAAACUCUGCGAGCGUUACUUGGUGAGACCACAGUCGUCAAAGAAGGGACCAAAGGGCGGCGAGAACGGCGUUAACUCUGCCAUUGCUGCCUAUCAACAGACAGACGAAGCCACUGAAGAGACCAAGAGUGCUGGUCCUCUCCAGAACCCUUCGCUGGUAAGGUUAGCUAAACACCCCGAAUACUUCCCUGAGUGGAAAAGACCAAAAGAGCACGGUGGCUCUUGGCUAGAUGUUUACUUCUUGGGCGGUGAGAUCUACUGUAAGCAGGUCUUCGGCGCCAACUCUAAUCACGGCGGUGACUCCUUCAUUGACACAGACAUCUACGAGGAGAAGGGCCCUCAGGCCAUCUGGGAUGUCGUUCUUAGCUAG